AUGGCUGUUUCAUUUUACUAUCUUAGAGACUUGAAGCCUUACAUAGCCAUAUGGCCUUUCUCUGAGAUUGUGGAUUUUAAGCAUGUCUAUAAGGUGCGCACUUUUGUCGGAAUGGCUGCAUAUGUUCCUCCUGAAUUUCUAAACUCCUCUCCAGCAACUUUCAGAGAGAUGAAAUCGAGAUUUGAGGAUGGAGCUCCAAAGAAAAGAAAGAAGAAAAGAGAAGAAGAAUUAACAAAAUCUCUAGCCAAUUCUAUGUUCAGGUAUUUGAAAAAACCAAAAUCUCACAGUGACAUAACAGCUGAUGAACAUUGUGAAACUUCUAAGCAAGGAGAACUUAAUGAGGUUAGAAUCCAUAGUGAAGAGCAAGAAGCAAAUAAUAAUAGGGUUGAGAAAGAUGAUGAGGAUGUUGUUGGUAAUCAUGGAGAUAGUGUGCCUUUCAACGAGGAUUCUUUGGAUCCUGCAAAUUGGGGAAAAAUUGAUCAAAUGUUGAGAGAUUUUUUGGUUGGAAAAGGUCCUCUAGCACGACCGUAUGAGGAUUAUAAGUUUCCCAAAAAUGUCAAUGGUAGACAUUUUUCUCAUAAACUCUACAAAAGGCCAAUGAAGAACGGAAGGCUUGGUCAACAUGAACGUAGUCAUGGUCACCUUGUGUGCAUGAGCCAAUGGAUGGAAUUGGAGUUGAGAUUGAAAAAGGAUAUAACAAUUGAUAAGUCUGUCCAAGAAGAAAUCAAGAAAGAGAAAAAUCAUUGGCGAGAAGUUUUAUUGAGAUUAUUUGCACUAGUGAAGACUUUGGCUAAAUGCAAUAUAGCUUUCCGUGGAAGCAAUGAUAAGAUUGGUGAGAACAACAAUGGGAAUUUUCUUAGCUUUAUUGAAAUGUUUGGAGUUUUUGAUCCAGUGAUCAGGGAGCACAUCAGACGUAUCAAAGAGAAGAAAACUCAAUACCAUUAUCUCAGUCACAAAAUUCAGAAUGAAUUGAUAGCAAUGUUGGGAUCAGAGAUGAAGCUUAUGAUCAUUAAGAAGAUUCAAGAGGCAAAAUAUUUUUCAGUUAUUCUGGAUUGUACUCCCGAUAUUAGUCACAAAGAGCAAAUGUCUCUUAUCAUUCGAUGUGUGGAUGUUUCUAUGGAUUUAGCUCAGGUAUCAGAAUAUUUCAUUCACUUUUUGGAGGUUGGUGAUAAAUCAGGAAAAGGGUUGUUUGAUCUACUUUGUGAUACAUUGACUGAUCUUAACUUGGACAUUGAUGAUGUCCGAGGACAAGGCUACGACAAUGGCUCAAAUAUGAAGGGGAAGCAUAAAGGAGUACAAAAAGAAUGCUUGAUGUUAAUCCAAGAGCAUUUUAUACGCCAUGUGGUUGUCAUAAUCUGA